AUGUCCACUGGUAUUACUUAUGAUGAAGAUAGAAAGACACAAUUAAUUGCCCAAUACGAAUCUGUAAGGGAAGUUGUGAAUGCAGAGGCAAAAAAUGUUCAUGUUAAUGAAAAUGCCUCCAAAAUUUUAUUAUUGGUUGUUUCGAAAUUGAAACCAGCUAGCGAUAUACAAAUUCUUUACGACCAUGGUGUGAGGGAGUUCGGGGAAAACUAUGUUCAAGAGUUGAUCGAAAAGGCAAAAUUACUACCAGACGAUAUCAAGUGGCACUUUAUUGGCGGUUUGCAAACGAAUAAAUGUAAAGAUUUGGCUAAAGUGCCAAAUUUAUACUCUGUUGAAACAAUCGACUCCUUGAAGAAAGCCAAAAAAUUAAACGAAUCGAGGGCUAAAUUUCAACCAGAUUGCAACCCAAUAUUGUGUAAUGUUCAAAUUAAUACCUCCCAUGAGGAUCAAAAAUCGGGCUUGAAUAAUGAAGCAGAAAUAUUUGAAGUCAUCGACUUCUUCUUAUCCGAAGAAUGCAAGUAUAUUAAGUUGAAUGGGUUAAUGACUAUUGGUUCAUGGAACGUCUCUCAUGAAGAUAGCAAAGAAAACAGAGACUUUGCUACGCUGGUUGAGUGGAAGAAGAAGAUUGAUGCUAAAUUUGGUACAUCAUUGAAAUUGUCUAUGGGGAUGAGUGCUGAUUUCAGGGAGGCUAUAAGGCAAGGAACAGCGGAAGUCAGAAUUGGUACCGACAUUUUUGGUGCUAGACCUCCAAAAAAUGAAGCUAGAAUCAUUUAG